GGUAAUACGGUCGUUUACAUAAUUCAGCAAAACACCGUGUUGGACACCGAGCUAACAAUUCAGCUGAAAGACCGAGUGAACCAACAGGAGAAUCAUGGCUUUUUGGAGAAAAAAGUGGUGCAGAGAGGUCCUGGCUGUCUUUCUGUCUGUCUGUAUCCUGCUCCAAUCUGUGGAAGUAGACACACGGCCAGCCAACAUGUCAUCCUCCAAGGAUAAGACUCCGGCCGAGAAGGACGAGAAUGAGAUCCUACCCCCAGACCACCUGAACGGGCUGAAGAUGGAGAUGGACGGCCACCUCAACAAGGACUUUCACCAGGAGGUGUUUCUGGGGAAAGACAUGGAGGAGUUUGACGAGGAUACAGAGCCGAGGAGAAACAGGAAGAAGCUGAUAGAGAUCUUCACCAAAGUGGAUGUCAACAAGGACCGGAGUGUGAGCGCCAAGGAGUUGCAGGAGUGGAUCAUGGAGAAGACAAAAGAACACUUUCAGGAGGCCAUGAAAGAGAACAAGAACAGCUUCCGUGCAGUCGAUCCGGACGGAGAUGGCUACGUAACGUGGGAUGAGUACAAAGUCAAGUUUCUGUCCAGCAAAGGCUUUGAUGAAAAGGAGAUCACUGACAAAAUGAAGAAGAAGGAAGAUCUGAAACUAGAUGAUGAAACUCAGGAGGUGCUGGAGAGCCUGAAGGACCGCUGGGUUCAGGCUGACAACCCUCCUCCUGACCAACAGCUGGAUGAAGAGGAGUUCCUGUCCUUCCUCCAUCCUGAGCACAGCAAGGGCAUGCUCAAAUACAUGGUCAAGGAAAUUGUCCGAGAUCUAGACCAGGACAAUGACUUCAAACUGACCCUGUCCGAGUUCAUCUCGUUACCCGUGGGCACCGUGGAGAACCAGCAGGCCCAGGACAUCGAUGACGACUGGGUCAAAGAGAGGAAGAACGAGUUUGAGAAAGUCAUCGAUUCCAACCACGAUGGCAUUGUCACCAUGAAGGAACUGGAGGAGUACAUGGACCCGAUGAACGAGCACAAUGCUCUGAACGAGGCCAAGCAGAUGAUCGCCGUUGCCGACGAGAACCAGAACCGUCAGCUGGAGCUGGAGGAGAUUCUCCGGUAUAGUGAAUACUUCACAGGCAGCAAGCUCAUGGAUUACGCCAGAAACGUUCACGAGGAGUUCUAAAGACAGAAACCCUCUCCGUCCUCCACCUCAACCUCCUACAUCUGCUUCAGGGACAAGCCUGGAGGAGGGAGAGAGCCACGUGAUAACAUGUUCUAGUGUGUAAAUCUGUGUUUAAAACCCCUGCAGCCUCCAGAUGUUGGACUGAUCCUUUAGCUUCCAACUGUCACAGCUAACACAGCCUGCUUUCUGUGUGCCGCUGGACUGUUUGCUGCAGAUAUGAGGUGCUGCAUCUCUUCCAGAUGGUUUUCUUGUUUUGUGGAAUGUAUGUAUAUGAGAAAUUUUAGCCCCAACAUUUCUUUUUGUUGCUGGUGCACCUCUUUAGCCAGCAUACCUGUGUACAGUGUAAAUAUUCACAUUUGACACACCUUGGUCUGUUCUAGAGUGAAGUGCUGCUGAGAGGUGCAGCACAGAUGUGUGUGUUCAGAUAAAAGACUGGUUUCUAAAGGUGAAUUUAAUUGCACAGUUAGAAUUGGUAAUGCUUCUAAAAACUGCAGCAGUACCAUAAAGCCAUCUUACAUUAUGUAUCCCUUGAUUUAAACAUUAGGAAAAGAGAAUAAUAUAUUGAUGUAUUUAGAUGAACUCGUCAUUCCUGGAUCAUCUGACUGAAGCUUUGUGUUUGAGUCGCCACAUCAACCGGUCUCCUUCUUGCUUUUAUUCACGUAGAAGACCAAUAAA